AUGAGAGUCGAGGAACGGGCCCCAGGAAACAAUCCUACAAAGGUUGUGGAUGACAUGAUUGCACUGGGCCGUUCUGCGUACCCGGAAUCCUCUCUCUUCAGAAAGCUCUUUUGGCUCUUCGUAUUCCUCAUCACCACUGGCUACAUGUCCUAUGGAAUCAUCGACAUCAUCUCUUUAUACACGACGGGCAAAAUGACAACCUCUACCCAGGUAAACAGUCUACCCCAAGACAAGAAGUUCCUUUUGGAUGCUUCCUCACGUGUGGAUCUUGAAGGCAUCAAAAUACUCCAUUGCAGCUUCAAUGAGGAGCCAUGCAGAGAAGCCGAUUUCUCACUCGAGAAAAAUGAAGUGCUCGGAAAUUGCAUUACCUUCAAUUACCGUCGUGACAAAGACGCUCGGCACAUCUCACAUCCUGAAAUAACUUCGAACAACUCCGGUUGGGAUGGUCUUCGACUCGCACUGGCCCCUUAUUAUUGGGGCACACAGUCUGCUUCGAUUACGGGAUACAGACUCUUCAUUCGGAAACCCCAGGAUAUCACCUAUACGAUCGAUGAAGGAUUCAACGCAAGCCUGGGAGAGAUUUCCCAUAUUGGCCUGAAGAUGGUGGAGUUCGAAAGAAUUCCCCCAGAUCAAGGUGGGAAUUGCGCCCAAGAUACUUACCUUCUGCAGCGAUUCGACCCGGAAGUCUCCCAUAUCACGAAUCGAACAGCUUACUCUAAGCAGUUGUGCCAGGACUUGUAUGCUUCAACUCUACUGAUGGAUGACUACAACGUCUCGCUCGAUUGCAUCUCGACACUGGUCAUGACGCAUCACCGCAAAAUUCUGGAUAUCCCCGAAGUGGAUCACGGCAAGGUUUGCUAUAUAGACAGGAGAUUGGAGCUGUCGUUCACUUCGUCGCCGAUGGGUCGUCACGACACCUUGUUCAUAGACGUGUUGACUUGGAUCAAGAACGAGGUGGCGUUCAUGAGAAAACGGGACUUGAAAAAGGCGAAGUUCUGCUUUCAACCAAAGGAUCAGAUGACUGUGGUGCAUGUCUCCUACGAAACCAUGUCAGUGGAGAAAACCACGGAGAUUCAGUUAUAUCCAGUGGGUCGAAAAAUUCAUAAAGUUCUCUUCGCCUUCACACUGAAAUUGCCGCGGAAAAAAAGGGUCUCUCCUCUUUCGUGGGAAGUGGUCGAGCUUCGUCGGGGUGUUCGGGGGUUUGCUGGGACUCUACACAGGGAUGUCAUUCGUCUCGGUUUUGGAGCUGCUGGAAUGGAUCUUGGACAUGUUCUUGUACGGCUGGAGGAAGCCACGGCGUGA